AUGUAUCUGUUGUAUGACUGCGUACAUGAAAGUAUAAUUUUUGCCAUGUCGACAUCCGGAACACUGACUAGUUACUACGUUGAUUCCCUCAUUCUGCCCGAGAGCGAGGAGCUCUCUGUGCCGAGGUACCCCUCCGGUGCUGGGCUCCAGCACACAAGACAGCCCGCUUCAAUCAGCGACCACGGUGAGCUUGGGACUUGCACUUUCCCGUCUAAACCCACGGUAUUCGGGCCGUCAUGGAGCCACGUCCCGGCUCAGUUCCCCGGCUCCGUCUCCUCUGUCUAUCAUCACCACUACGGGCACCCCCAAGGCCCAGUGGGUGCAGACACAGAUGGUCGCUAUCAGUCUUGGCUUUUAGAGCCCAUGUCCGGUUCGCUGCCCAUGACCGGAUUACCUACGACCCAUCACUACGGAAUCAAACCGGAAGGUUUGGGGACGCGAGCUGACGGCGCGCUGCCCGGAUCCCAUACGGCGCUGCUGCUCUCCGAUUACGCCAACGGCACCGUGGCCACAGCAUCACCGAUAGAAAAGGACGAACUGUCCGUCCAGGCGGGGGACAUGAGCGCAGAUGGCGACGAGAAACCGUCCCUGGAUCCAAAUAACCCAGUGUCCAACUGGCUCCACGCGAGUGCCACAAGAAAAAAGCGCUGUCCGUACACCAAGCAUCAGAUCCUGGAGCUGGAGAAAGAAUUCCUCUUUAACACCUACCUGACCAGGGACCGUAGGUACGAGGUGGCGAGGCUGUUAAACCUCACAGAGAGACAGGUUAAAAUCUGGUUCCAGAACCGCAGGAUGAAGAUGAAGAAGUUUAAUAAAGAAGGCGCACCGAAAGACGAGUGACUAAACCGCAGUAUUUAGGCUGAUGGUGAGCUUUGUGUACAAAAGCUCUUAACUCUGCUGGACCUUGUUUUUAAACUCCGUUGUCUUAUUGUUCUAUAUAACAGCUUUAGGAUUAUUUGUCUUGUAAAAAAAAAAGCAUGUUGGGCUUUAGUUUGACUACCUUUUAAAUUGCACAAUUUUAACAGCGCCCACUCGUUUUUUUAUUUUUUAUUUUUUAUUAUUAUUUCUUUUCUCAUGUUUAUUUGAAUUAAUACCUCGUUAAAGUGCAUUAGUUGGCCUGGUCCCUGUGCUCGUUUGUGUAUGGAUGUUUCUAGCUGUAUGUGUUCCGGUUUGUAGCUAUAUUUGUUGUCUAUCUCGGUGUCACCUAAGCGUAUAGUUUGUACAAUGUAUUAAUUUUAUUGUUGUCUCUCUCUUAGAACUAUGGCUGAUGACCAUGAGUUUGAAUCUAACACUAGAACAGUAGACAAACAGGCUGGAGGCAUUUUAGAAAAAAAGGAGCGUAAUCCUCUUGAAGAUUAUUAGGAAGUUACACCAUCUUAUAGAAGCUAUAUUACAUGACAUGAUUGACUACCUAUAUGUCUUUCAACUACCUGCAAUAACCCAUAUUUUCCAAUGGCGGAUUCUAGAUUUGCUUGCAUUACAGAACUAUGUCUGACUGAAUUUCAGGGAAUAACGUUUUCAAGGAGCAUAAUGUUUAUUAGUGAGAGAAAAUUAAGACACUGUAGGUUACGUAUUGAAUACCUCGCGGUCCGCUGACCGUCUGACUUUUGUUUCACAAAUGUAAUUUGUACUUUAUUUAUUAAAUAAAACAAAUUAUAUCUGCGAGUAUAAAUGCACCUUACAUUCUUAUUUCACCUUGGCGUCACGUUGACAGCUGUUAUUUUAUUGUAUCCUAAUUCACUCGCCUCACCUUUACGGGUGCUAGUUUGCACUGCGGAAAUACAACACACACACACACACACACACACACA